UCUCCCUCGAUCUCGCCAACCGAUCCUGCUGCCCUAUCGCCUCUCUGCAUCCGCCAUGGCUGCUGCCCUGGCCAAUCCUACCAUCGACCAGCUUCUGCGGCAGCUCAACUCGCUGUUUGCCGAUGCUUGCCGACAAGCAUCGCUGGUCGCUCCCGACACCAGAGACCCCGAACCUUCUGCAUCAACUGCACGCUCCUCUGUCGGCACAACCGCAACCGCCCAUCCGUUUGCGAUCGAGACGGCCAAGCUGCGGGAGGAGUGGACCAGCCUCCUCGACCAGAUAGAGGAUAUCCUGGCCACGUAUCGAGACCAUGUGCUGCCGGCCAUCUCCACGCCUCAGGACAUCAAGACGUUCAAUGUUGUUUUGGGUGAGCGGGCCAACGCCCAGGGCACACUGUCGCUGACUCAGAGCGCCGUCGUAGACUGCGUAAAUGCACUGCGCGAAUAUCAAUCGGCCCGUCCUGUGCCGCUAUCGCUUGCCAUGAACAAAGUCGAGUCGCUGUCCAAGCAGCUUGGCCUCCAGAUCUUCCCAAACUCACAGGAGGAUUCCGACCUCAAGACCGUCACCAUCUGCGGCUCCUACUUCCUCGUCGACAUCCACACCAUGCCAGACGGAACGAUACCCAAGAUCAAUCUUCAGUACACCAAUGACCAGGACUUGCCCCAAUCCGACACAUCUGGGACUUUGAGCACCCAUUCGGACAAGUUCCUCUUGGAAUCGACCAGCGACUUUAACACUUUCCAAGACAUCCUCAAGUACUUUACAUUCAUCGACAACAUCCCGUUCGAGCCCAAAGACCGCAACUUUGAUAUGUUCCAGGUUCUGCGGGCCGUCAAAAACGAUCUUGCUGCCAUCUACAAAGAGGAACUUGAGCACAGCCUCAGCGAUCACUACAGCAUCAUCCGACAUGGCCACGGAAUCCCGCAGUACGACAUUGGUAGAUUCGGUCCGUCGUGCGUGUACUGGAUCACGCCAGAGUCCUGUCUUGAUCUGAAUUGGAUCGAAAUGAAGGAGUAUAAAGAUCAUAUUCCGGACUUGAAGGAGAUCACUGGUGCAUACAGGGCCUUCAUCUCGAUCAAAGCCUCGCCAGAGCCGCAAGCCUUUUGCUGCAAGCCUCUGGAGAACUACCUGCUGACCUCUCAGGGCAAGAACAUCCAGCCCUGGAUCGGCGAUUUGUCUGCCGACUCGCUUCCCACUGUCGAGUCGACCGGCUGGCGAAACCAGCUUCGCUUCCAGUUCUUCAAGCCCGAGACACAGAUCAGCAUGAUGGGACGCCCCGUGCUGGUUGCCAACGCCGCCUUUGCUCUGAUACUGGACCCACCAGUGUUCUUGACCCGGAAUGCUGCACAAGCGCUGGCAGAAAGCGUCGGCAUGCACACACCCGCAAGCAUUUCGACCACAGCCGAAACAUCCACUCAGCCUCCAAAUGUGAAUGAGCAUGUGCCGAUAGAACCGACAGUAGCUUCCACGCUCGAGGAGGUCCUGGCUCGCAGCCUCACUCGUGAGCAGCCAGAUCUUGAGCCUAUGGGGAUUGCAUCGAUGCGCUUCCGAACGACCACGGGCAACCUCGUCCAGAACAUAUACUUUGCAGCCCGAUCCCGCCACGAGGCCGUGGAAGUUCGACACAUCCGCUUCCAGAACCCAGCCCAACUAUUCCCCAUCUUCCAGACCCUGAGAAAACACAUUGCCUUUAGCGCCCUCUUCCAAAGCUGCUUCAACGAGUUUACGCUCGAAUCGCCACACAACCUUCCGUCGAGCACCAUAUCCUCCAAGAUCAUCCUACAGCUUACCCACUGGCAGCCGCCGGACUCGAUCACGUUCUCGCUGCUGUCGGUUCCGGUCUUCAAAAAGGUCCUGCUCAAGUUCCAGAUCUCGGAUGAGAUCGACCUGAUGCAGCCUCGGGAUGACUGGAUCCGGUUCGAGAUCUACACCAAGACACCCGAGUCCAAGGAGCCCUUUGCAGUCAACUUUGACGAGGCCGACCACGCCAAACUCUGCGAUCUCAUCAACCGGUCGGCAAACAUCCCGGUCUUUGUGUGGGCGCUCAUUGAGAAACUGGGCCUGUGAGCCGUUUGCGACACAGAUCGUGGCUGCCCGAUGGCCACGAGCUAUGCAUCUGAUGUGGUUUGGGUGCUCGUUUUCGAUUCGGGGAACAUGGAUCGAGUUGUGUGCAGUCGACCCAUGAGAUUGCCUGGGCACACGCUCCAUAUAAACGAAUACAUGCACCCUCGAUGAGCAGGA